CGGAAAUAUCCUCUUUAUCCGUGUAUAUAAACGCUCAUAGUCUAUAACGAGACUUAAGUUCGCAGUCGUUCGACAUACAUCGUAGUAGUCGAUUUGCUCAGUUCGUCCGCCGAAGAAGAUAAAAUGAUCACCGCUGUACACUGUUCGGCAUUGCUGUGCAUGAUGGUAGCAUGCGGUCACGUCCUGGCGUAUCCGUACAACGGUAACAACAUGCAGUGGUCGAACCCCGGGGCUGGUGCGAUGGCGCACCACCACCAGCAGCCAGGGUUUGGCGGCAAUGUGGGCCAACAACGCGGAUAUGGCGGUGGGGCAGGAUUCGGCGGCGGCAAUUUUGGGCAAGCUUCGGCGUUCGGUGGACAAUCACGGUGGCAGUCGGCCGGUUACGGUGGACAUCAGCAGGGAGCCGAGGCCUACCAGACGAACGUUUUCAACGAACCGGACCGGUACGGAUACGAUUACACGAUGCCUGGAGCCACUGUACACUUCUUGAUGCAUAAAAAACAAGGAAACAGAGAAUCUGGAAGUAAUCAUCAUAAUCAUGGAGUAGAUUCAACUGGCUGGGACAAACGUUAUUAACAUUUUUAUUAACUUACCAAAACAUUACAAUUAUAUUAUAGUAUUAUAUUACAUUAUAGUAACUAACAAAAUAGUUGGUUAAAUUUAGGAAUAUUUACUGUGAAAUAUUAUAGCUUACACACGUGUACUCACUGCAAUGUAUAAAACAAAUAUGUUGUAGUUAUACAGUUUUAAUAUUAGUAUAUAUUGUGACUUUUUUUUUUAAAAUGAAAUUGUGAAUUAAUUUAUUAAUCACUUAAAAUUUUGAAAAAACAUAGUUAUUAAGGUUAUAAUAUUAAUUAAGAUAAACACUUAUACUUAAAUGAUAAUUGUAUACCUAGGCAAUCAGCUUAUAUAGAUUAUUGUCAAAAUACAUAAAUUAAAUAAUAACAAAUCUGUUAUUUUAUUGAGCUUGAGCUCGGCAACUUAGGCCAUUAGCUAUUUUAUUUGCUUGUAGGUUGUUAGUAGGGGGAGGAAGGUUGAAAACACGUUUUGUAUGUGUGGCAAGGAUUAAUUGCUAAAAAUCCCGGGUGGUCACCCAUCCGGGAGCUUGCAACGCCGGCCGUUACGUAUGCACUCAACGCGUUUCCACAGUUGAGUGUAUGCACUGCGCGUCUGCACCACACCAAGCCACAGAAAUCGGUUUUAUUAUUUUGGUUACAAAAAAUAUUAUUAUAAGUCAAAAGUCAGAUGAAUAAAAUUUAAUAUUUUAUUUUGUAUUUUAUUAGAGUGCACGAGUUUUCGUAUAAAAUACUGUAUUUAUUUUAAAAGAUAAGCUUCUUAUCUUUGUACAAACUCAAUAUUUUAAAUACAUCUAGGUGAAUAGUAUAAAACAAAUUUACACUAUGUCCUACAUCCACACUUUUCAAUUUGUCUUAUGUUAAAGCGUUGUAAUCGAAAUAUUAAUAGUUAAGAAAAAUAAUGUAACAUAAAUAAUAGAUUUAAUUUAAUAAUAAAUUCUCUUUUAGUUCAGUU